UGGUAAUAGGAUUGGAGGUCCUAUUCCUAACUUCUUCUUCCAGCUUCAUCAACGUUCUCAUGCUUUCGGACAACUUGUUCAAUGGCACUUUUAGACUCAAUAAGAUUCAAAGCUUACAAGACUUGGGCAACUUACUCUUUCUGACAACAACUUGUCGGUUGACACAACCAACAUGAGUUCAAGUUCGCAUGGAUAUCCCAAUUUAAUGGUGUUAUUCAUGUCAUCUUGCAAUUUGUACGAUUUCCCAAAUCUUAGAAAUGCAUCCAAUUUGCUUAGUUUGGACCUCUCAAACAAUCGUUUGCGAGGGGAGGUACCUGGUUGGAUUUGGGAAAUUGAAUUGUACUAUUUGGACCUUUCUUUUAAUCUUCUUACAGGUUUGAAAAUGCCUCUCAUCACUCCAAAUUUCAGUGAUUCUAUUUUCUUGCUCACCAACAAUCGAUUAACUGGAGUGAUUCCAUCCUCUAUAUGCAUAGCAUCUUCACUCAGUGUUCUCGACUUGUCAUUUAAUAACUUGAGUGGUAGCAUACCUCCUUGCCUAGUCAACACUAGGCAAGUGCUUAAUCUUAGGGGAAACAAAGUCAGUGGUGUUAUCCCUGAUCAAUUUUCGAGUGAGUGUAGCCUACAAACCUUUGAUGUUAGUAACAAUAGCUUAGUCGGGGAGGUUCCUAUGUCUCUGGGAAAUUGUAAGAAUUUAUUGGUGAUGAAUGUUGGAAACAACAAUUUCAAGGAUACAUUCCCUUGCAUGUUGUCGUUGGGCUUGCGCAUCCUUGUCUUGCGCUCCAACAGAUUCUAUGGAGACUUGAGAUGUCGUAAGGGUUGGCCAAAUCUUCAAAUUCUGGAUAUAUCUUCAAACAAUUUCAGUGGUCGUCUAAAUUUGCUAAACAUCUCAAGUUUGAGAGGAAUGGUGCUACAAAGUCCUACACAGGGUAGGCUCAACCGCUCAACUCUAACUUUUUAGUUGCCAGUAGUUUCUACCGCAAUGAGGUGACAUUAACUGUCAAAGGACUUGAGGUGAAGCUUGUGAAGAUUUGGCCUGACUUUACAUCCAUCGAUUUGACUUCCAAUCAUUUUGAAGGAGAACUACCAGAUGCAAUUGGUAAUCUUAGCUCACUCUAUCUUCUCAACUUAUCACACAACUCUCUCACUGAUGCAAUCCCAAGAUCAUUGGGUGCCAUGAAAGAGCUUGGGUCGCUCGACCUCUCUUCAAACAAGCUCACCGGAAGAAUACCAGAGGAACUUGCCACACUCACUUUCCUUUCAGUUUUGAACUUGUCAUACAAUCAUCUCAGUGGAAUGAUCCCAACUAGCACUCAGUUUCAAACGUUUCCGGCAAGUUCAUUUGAAGGAAAUCCGGGGUUAUCUGGUUACCCACUCAAUGGAAGUUUCAACGACCCUCAUCCACCUGGUCAAUCAGAGGAUUCGGAACCAAAAGAUGAGGAGAUUGAGUGGGAAUACGUGUUUGCUGCACUUGGUUAUGUUGUGGGAUUAGGAAGCGGCGCAUGGACACUGUUAUGUUGCAGAAGCUUGAGAGAAAGAUACUUUGAGAAGAUAGAAGAGGUUGCUGACAAGAUAUUUUAUGAGAGAGGGAGGAGAAAAAGACAUGAAAGAAGAAUAGAAGAGAAGAAGAGAAGAAGAGAAGAGAAGAAAGGAGGAAUGGGCUUAGGAGAUAUCAUCAGUAAAGGUUUACUGUGUAAUUUGGCUUGUGUUUGAUUAGCAUAAUGUGUGGUGUGAACU